AGGAGUGGCUGAGAGCUGAGAGCCACAUGAGGCGGCCACCGAUCUAUAAACUGCAACUCCUACUUUCAUUUAAGUAAAAAGCUUGAGAGAGACUGUGACUAGAAUGAUCCCCACGUCAUGGAUCGUUUUGCUGUUGGUUUUAUGUGACGCUUCAGAAAGCCUCCAUCCUGAGCCAGAAGGACUGAAGGACCACGUCAUCAUCAGGCCCGUCAAGCUACAUGCUUUGCACAAGAGAAGCACAAGGUCGUCCCGACCAGAUGUGCUGAAGUAUGGGAUGCAAGUUAAUGGCCAGGAUGUGGUGCUGCACCUGGAGAAGAAUGAGGACUUGCUGACUAAAGGUUACAGUGAGACAACCUACAGUGAGAAUGGGGCCCCUAUCACUGUCACUCCGAAGGACUUGGACCACUGCUACUACCAUGGAAGAAUAGUGAAUGACACAGAGUCCAUUGCCAGCAUCAGCACUUGUGAUGGCUUGAGGGGUUAUAUCCGGACAGCUGCACAGCAGUAUCUGAUAGAACCGAUGUCGGGGGCCGAUGAUGGAGACCACGCCUUGGCCAGAUACGAGGCUCUGAAUGAAGACCCUGUAGUGUGUGGAGUCACCAACAGCAGCUGGGACCCCGUCUACCCACCGUCCACAGGCAAAGCGCGUUCCCGCAGCUCAGGACCAUCACUCCUGCAGCAGCAGAAAUAUGUGGACUUGUUACUCGUUGCAGAUAAUAGAGAGUACAAGAAGAUGAAUAGCAACGAAAAUGAGUUGAGAAAGAGGAUAUUUGAAAUUGUCAACUACGUCAACCUGGUCUACAAGCCUCUCAAGACUUUUAUUGCCCUCACUGGGCUUGAGGUGUGGACAGACCAGGACAACAUUGCAGUGACACCCCCUGCUGGAGCAACUCUGGAUGCUUUCACAAACUGGAGGAAGACUUCUCUGGUGAAGCAACAUGACAAUGCUCAUCUGCUAACGGGCAUCGAUUUCGAAGGGAGCACCGUGGGACUGGCAUACGUGGGCAGUUUUUGCGCAACUCAUUCAACAGGAGUGAUCCAGGAUCACAGCUCCAGUUCCAUUGCGGUGGGAGCAACGUUGGCUCAUGAGAUGGGGCACAACCUGGGAAUGAGCCAUGACAGCGAUUCAUGCAUCUGCACUGACAAGAGCUGCAUCAUGUCUGCCGCCCUCUCGUACAACAUCCCGAAGCAUUUCAGCAGUUGCAGCAGUAACAGCUAUGGGGAGUAUCUGGAUUCCAGAAACCCACAGUGUCUCUUUAACAAGCCGGACUACAACGCGAUAAUAUCGCCGCCCGUGUGCGGGAAUGGCUUCGUGGAGAAGGGGGAGGAGUGUGACUGUGGCACAGUUGAGGAAUGCAAUAAUCCCUGCUGCAAUGCUACGACCUGCACAUUAACGGCCGGGUCACAAUGUGAAGAAGGAGAAUGCUGUGAAAACUGUAAGCUCAUGCCUCCCUCCAGGAUGUGUAGAUCGCAGAAGGAUGAGUGCGACUUGGCUGAGUACUGCACAGGGAAGUCGAAAGAUUGCCCAGAGGAUGUCUUCUCUGUAAAUGGCAUUCCCUGCAAGAAUGGGCAGGGCUACUGCUACAAUGGACAGUGUCCUAUGCGUGAAAGUCAGUGCAUCAAGAUCUGGGGGAGCAAUGCUCAGCUGGCAGCUGAUAGUUGCUACAACCAGAACACCAGAGGGGUCUACUAUGGAUUCUGCACACGUCCAUCCAAAGACACCUAUAUAGGAUGCCAGAAAAAGGAUGUGAAGUGCGGAAAGCUGUUCUGUAUCAAUGGCAAAGACACCCCCAACUAUAACCGUCUGGUAUCGUUCCCUGGCUGCAAAGCCAUAUUCAGCGAUGACCCGAACACUGACUUUGGACAGGUGGACACUGGGACCAAAUGCAGUGAUGGACUGGUCUGCAUGAACAACGAGUGUGUAGAUCUAGAGGCGGCCUACAGAGCAACCAAUUGUUCAGCACGGUGCAAAGGCAAUGCAGUAUGCAACCACAGGCGGGAAUGCCAGUGUCAGCCGGGAUGGCAGCCCCCUGACUGUGAUCGGAUGGCUGAGGGCUUCCAGAAACUGGCUCCGGGAGUGAUUAUUGCCAUCACAGUGGUAAUCAGCCUGCUGAUUAUAAUUGCCAUUAUUGUGGUGCUGCUCUAUGUUCUGAAGCGCAAACGCAAAAGCUCAAUUCCCCACAGACCUGCACGUUACAGGGAGGAGAUGGAUUCCGGUGUAAACAAUCCUGCCUUUAGCCAACGAUCGACGCCAAACUUCCAAGUCAAGGUUCCCAAGCCGACUGUAGCUCCACCUAUACCUCCACCUCCUGUCUCCUUCAAGCCUGGGUCACAGGCCAUUAAAUCAGCUGCUACAAGACAGGUUCCCAAGCCGACUGUAGCUCCACCUAUACCUCCACCUCCUGUCUCCUUACAGCCUGGGUCACAGGUGAUUAACCUAGCUGCUGCAAGAAAGGCUUUGAAGCCACCUCAGGUGUGAAAGCCAACCAGCAUGGAAAAGAGAUGGGCUUCAUGAUGUUUACACCAGAGCAGGAACCAUGGACCGAAGGGAUGAACGCUGAUGUAUAUAACAUCUUUAAAUAAGGAAAUUCUCAGUGUACAUAAAUGACAUAUAUGAACAAUCUCUCUGCCAGUAGGUCAUUUCCAUCUUGUUCAUGAUGAUUCAUUUUCAACAGGAACACUCCUUCUUCUAUCAUUCUGUUGUUUAGUGCAGUGGAUCUCAACCUUUUUUGCUCCACCACCCAAUUUUUACCAUGCCAGCUCAGUCACAACCCUAUAUCAAGUAUAGGUUUAAAUUAAUGCUAUGAUCAAGCAUGCAGUGUAGUCUGCAAUUUAUGCUAAUCAAUGCCAUUCGCACAAAUCUGAUAGGAUGUGCUAAUGAAUUUUAAAUUAAGCAUCUGUGGUUUGGCUUCUUGGAUUGGUUGGGUGUUCACUAGUUUUGCACUAAGGAUUUGCAGACCAAAGACCUGUUUAUAUAGGUUAAUUCUAGGAUUGGAGCUGGGAAAUCUGAUCAUGGAUCAGCAUAGGAGCUUGUUUUUAAAAUGCUUACAUUUCCAACUCUGCCAUGCGACCCCUUCAGAACAUGCUGCGACCCUAAUUUGGUUUGUGACCCAUAGGUUGAGAAUCACUGGUUUAGGGGUAGUGCAAUGUAACCUUGACGACGGUUAAUCAAACAUUUCAUUUCAGCAACAGGUGAUUAUAUUUCACAGCCCUACUGCAGUUCUCACUUGUUGUAUUACGUGAACAAUUAACACUGUCAUUAAUGAUCAAAGUUGCUGCAUUCUACAGGGGACAUUAGGAACCAGUAAUAACUUGCAGCUGAAAUUAAGUCCCUGCACCAUUUUUUCUGCUGUGUUUAUUAUUCUGAACAGCUGCACAAAAUUGCAGCUUUAAUGUUGCACAUAUUUGUUCUAAUUUUUUGAUACGUUGAAUAGUUGCAUAUUGCUGUGGUUAAUGUUUGCAGUUUUUAAAAUGCACUACAAUGGCAUUUUUAUGUUCACCUUCAAACUGCAACAAAAUGCAAACUAAUGUUUUAUAUUUAAUAAACAUAAUUUGAAAAUGA